CUUGCUCAGGUUCAAGUUAAGAAAUGAAUGGCAAUUUGGUCAUUUAACACCAUUUCAACCGAAGAAGAUAUUCGGCGUUGGAAAAAAAAGGCAUAUUAGGACAACGUGUGGCAACGGUUUUUUCCGCGAGCCAAUUUUCUCUGAUUUUUUCUUGUGCUUCCAAGUAACGAUCAAAUACACUGCUAACAUUAGCAAUGAACUAAUAAAACUCACUUAAGCCCAAAUCAACCUUAUUACGAAAACAAAGAAAGAACUUCACUUUUUUUCUGUGUGUUUCUCGCAAUAGUUGAUGGCUCAAUUCACAGCACAAGGGCGCUUGAAAUUGCUAUUUAACAGUGAUGGGAUUCAGUGUAAGCUUCUGGGCAAUGGUUUUGUUGGCGGGUGUACAUCAUUUCGGGUACAAAAGGGAAAGUUUAGGUAUAUUGGUUCUAGUACUAGGCUCCAUGCUUCUUCUGUGAGCAAGAAAUCGAGACAUUUCAAUGCAGAAGCUAGCCUCAAUGCGGAAGAGGAGAAUGAUAUUGGUGAGAGUGAAGAUUAUGACAGUGAGUAUGAGACAGAUGAUUUAGCUUGUUUUAGAGGCCUUGUCUUGGAUAUCUCUUACAGGCCAGUGAAUGUUGUCUGUUGGAAGCGCGCUAUAUGUUUGGAGUUCAUGGAGAAGGCCGAUGUACUAGAAUAUUAUGAUCAGACUGUAAAUUCACCUAGUGGAUCCUUCUAUAUACCAGCUGUAUUAAGGGUUCCACAUCUUCUGCAGGUUGUGAAGAGAAGAAGAAUCAAAAGUAAUCUUAGCCGUAAGAAUGUAUUACAUCGGGACAACUAUACUUGUCAGUAUUGUUCUUCACGUGAGAACUUGACCAUUGAUCAUGUUUUGCCGACUGCACGUGGUGGACAAUGGACAUGGGAAAAUCUGGUUACUGCUUGUUCAAAAUGCAACUCAAAGAAAGGUCAAAAAACACCAGAAGAAGCAAAUAUGAAGCUGAUUAAGGUCCCCAAGGCUCCAAAGGAAUACGACAUACUUGCCAUACCACUGACAAGUGCAGCAAUAAGGAUGCUGAGGAUGAGAAAAGGGAUGCCUGAAGAGUGGCGUCAGUAUUUGGCAAGGCCAUCAUCAGAGCCAUGAAUUCAUCCUUGUUGGAAAGUUGUACAUUCUGGUGCUCUAUACAUUUAAUUUUAAGUCAUCAGCCAAGUUCUUCUUAAAGUUCAUAAAGAUACAUGUAUUCAAGCUGCAGUGUGAACGUGGUGGUUGUAAUCAAAUUUAUGAAUUUACUGAUGUAUACAGAACAUCUAUCUAAUGAAGUAGCUGUGAAUUAUCUUA